AGAGGUAGCAUCAUGGCGGACUGCUUUUUUAGGAUUUAAGUGCGGUGUAAUCAGAGAAAGGUUUGCAGUAUGAAGCUUGUUAAUCUGAAGCAGGCCAUUCUUCAAGCCUGGAGGGAGAGGUGGAGUGACUACCAAUGGGCUAUAAACAUGAAAAGGUUUUUCCCCAAAGGGGUUACCUGGGACAUUCUGAAUCUGGCAGAGGCACUAUUGGAUCAGGCCAUGAUCGGUGUUGCACCAAACCCUCUUGUCGUCUCGUACCUCAAGUAUGCAAUCAACUCUCAGAUGGUGUCUUACUCCUCUGUCUUGAUGGCAAUCAGCAAGUUUGAUGACUUCUCAAGGGAUCUUUGCAUCCAGUCUGUGCUGGAAAUUAUGGACAUGUUCUGUGACAACCUCAGUUGUCAUGGUAAGGCUGAGGAGUGCAUUAGCCUUUGUCGGUCCCUAAUGUGUGUCCUAAACUGGCUCCUACGUUGUGCUACAUUUUACACGGACAAACUAGUGGAGACACUAGAUCCAGUGGAAGGUGAAGGCAACUUGUCCAUGUGCCUGAAACGGCUGGAGUCCAUCCUCAGUAGUACCAAAAACCGUGCUCUCAUCCAUAUUGCCAAAUUGGAAGAAGCAACCUCCUGGGUAUCAGUAGAACAGUCUCUGCACAGGCUCACUGACAGUAUUAGUCGCCUUCCUAUUGUACAACUGAGGAACCAAGCGGAGACUUGUGUGUCUCUUAUCAGGAGUAUCGCGUCAAUGCUUUCGGCCCACUCGGAUCAGUUGCACAGGACGGGAUUCCCCACAGUCCAUGCUGUUGUAAUGCUGGAAGGGACUAUGAAUCUAACGAUGGACUCACAACCACUGGUGGAGCAGCUGAGCACAGUGAAGAGGAUGCAGAGGAUCCCCUCUCACCUCUUUCUUUUGGAGAUCUGGAAAGCCUGUGUCGUGGGUCUCAUAGAGUCUCCGGAAGGGACAGAUGAGUUGAAAUGGACUGCAUUCACCUUUCUGAAGAUUCCGCAGGUUUUGGUGAAGUUGAAGAAAUUCUGGCAGGUGGAUCAGGAUUUCAAUGAAGACAUGAAUUGUGCAUUUGAAUAUCUUCUUAAACUUACCCCACUCUUGGAUAAAGCUGACCAGAGAUGCAACUGUGACUGCAUCAGUCUGUUACUACAAGAAUGCAAUAAGUUGGGUUUGUUGUCCGAUCCGAACCUGGAUAACCUUGCAUCAAAAAGGGCUGCAGACAGGGAGCAGGCUCCACGUUUGAAGUCAUCUGAAAACUCUACGAUUCAACCCAAUCCUGGUCUGAUUCUCCGUGCAGAACCCACUGUGACCAACAUCUUAAAGACUAUGGAUGCCGACCACUCCAAAUCUCCAGAAGGACUUUUAGGAGUAUUAGGUCACAUGCUGACUGGGAAAAGUCUGGACCUCUUGCUAGCUGCUGCGGCUGCCACCGGAAAAUUAAAAUCCUUUGCUCGUAAAUUCAUUCAAUUGAAUGAAUUCACGCGCCAUAUUGGAGCAGAGAGCACAAAGACUGCAUCAGUUCGGGCUCUGCUGUUUGAUAUUUCUUUCCUGAUGUUGUGCCAUGUGGCACAGACCUAUGGAUCAGAGAUGAUCCUCUCAGAGGGAUGUGCAGGAUCAGAGAUGCCUUUCUUCGAGAGCUGGAUGCAGACCUGCAUGCCAGGGGAGGGGAAGGUCCUCAAUCCAGAUCACCCCUGUUUCCGUCAUCCAGACCUCCCUAAGGUGGAAGCACUGGUUGCCCAGCUUAAUACUUCCUCCGAGAUGAGGCUGGGUCAAACUAAAUGGCACGAGGUGUGUUUGAUUAUCCCUGCUACAAUCCUUGAGGUUCAUAAUGCCUGGGAGAAUGGAGUCCUCUCAUUUGAAGCUAUCCAGAAGAUCACCGAUAACAUAAAAGGGAAGGUGUGUAGCCUGGCAGUGUGUGCUGUGGCCUGGCUCGUUGCUCACGUUAGGAUGCUGGGACUAGAUGAACGCGAUAAAUCUCUGCAGAUGAUCAGACAGUUGGGUUCACCAAUGUUUGGGGACAAUACAUUGCAGUUCUACAGCGAGAGGGUUGUCAUAAUGAGUUCUAUCUUGGAGAAUAUGUGCUCUGAGGUUCUCCAACAGACCGCCACUCCCAUCAAAUUCACUGUGACUGGCAGUGAACCAGUGCCUUAUGUCCACCGUCUACCUCCAAAGAAACCCAUCAAGGAAGUCCUGAGGGCGACCUUCAGUGCAACUCUAGAGAAAGGAUGGGUGGACAGUCGUGCUCUGCACAUUUUCGACACACUUCUCCACAUGGGCGGUGUCUACUGGUUCUGCAACAAUUUGGUGAAGGAGUUACUGAGGGAAACGCGGAUGGAAUUUGCUUUGCGAGCGGUGGAGUUGCUCUAUGCAAUCUUCUGCUUGGACAUGACACAACUAACACUAACUCUUUUGGGACAUGUGCUACCGGCCCUACUCACAGACUCCGCCAAAUGGCACAUGUUAAUGGACCCACCAGGCCGAGCACUGGCAAAAUUGUCCGUUUGGUGUGCAAUGACUUCUUUCUCCACACACAACAGGGGACAGCCUUCCCCCCGACAGAGGAAAAGACACAGAGAGGACAUUGAGGAUUACAGCAGCUUGUUUCCCCUUGAUGAUACACAGCAAUCCAAAUUAAUGCGUCUGCUUAGUUCCAACGAGGAGGACCACGCUGUACAACCCAAUCCCACAGACCGUCCUAUGAAUAGUUCUCUCUCGGCUUCACAGAUUCACAACAUUAGUUCAAAAGAGCCACUAAACAGAGUACUGGCUAAUCUCUUCCUCCUGAUCUCCUCCAUUCUUGGCGCAAGGACAGCGGGUGCCCACACACAGUUUGUGCAGUGGUUCAUGGAGGAGUGUGUUGAAAGCCUGGAACAAGGAGGGAAGGGUGGAAUCCUUCAGUUCAUGCCCUUCAGCAUGGUGUCUGAAUUGGUAAAGGUUUCCACCUUAUCCAGUCCUAAAAUUGUUCUCGCCAUCACCGACCUAACUCUACCACUUGGCCGCAGAGUGGCUGCCAAAGCACUAACGGCUCUCUGAUCUAAUUACAUUGUUCGCAUCACCCACCUCGAUGCCCGCAGUUGGGUGGCCAGCUGAUGAAUCAUCAGCCUUCUUUGUAAAUUUGACUAGUGACUUUACUUGUAUUUUUUUAUUACUUUUUUGUUGUUGAAUUUUUCUAACUUUUUGAAAAGACUAUAUAUGUGAAAGUAAAUAAAACGAUUUGGUAAUGUGGCAAA